CCACUGCCACUGUCACCUAACAGGGCCUUCCGGCAGAAACUGAGCCCCUCCGCCGACCGGACCCCAGGCCUCGUGCUUGCCCCCGCCCGGGCUCCCUGACGAUGUUCCAGCGUUUCGCCAGCCUGUUCUUCGGCGAGAGCCCGCCCUCAGCGGGCCCCGAGGAGCCCCCGGCCUUCGUCGCCGAGGAGGAUGAGCUGGACGGCUGGCUCAUCGUCGACCUGCAGGCUAGCUCCCCGCCGCCCCCCAGCCCGCCCUCGGAGGCUCUCUGCCCCUGCAGGGGCCCCGUCCUGGCACCCGCUCCCUGCUUGAUGGACGAGAGCUGGUGGGUCACCCCCCCCGCCUGUUUCACCGCAGAGGGGCCCCCGCCGGCCCGCCUGGCAAGCAGCCCCCUGGAGGACCUGCUCAUUGAGCACCCCAGCAUGUCCGUGUACGUCACCGGUAACACGGUCGUGCUGGGGCCCGACCCGCCCGGCGGCCUUCAGUCCUGCUGCGGCGGCAGCGACGGCGAGGGGGAGGUGGCUCCGUCCCCGCGGCCCCCACGGCCCCCGCGGCCCCGACCCCCCUCGGCCUCGCACCCCGCGGCCCCGCUGCCCCCCGCGGCGGCGCUGCUGGGCAAGAUGAGCCAGGCUCGGCGGCUGCAGCAGGCCCGGCAGCACCAGCUGAGCCCCAAGUGCGUCCAGCGCCAGAACCGUGCCCGCGAAUGCCGCCCGCGCCGGCCCAAGCACCGAGGCAGCUUCGUCCACCAGCCGUGCCAGCGCCAGUACAACUACUGACCGCGGCCCCCCCCGGUCGCCCCCGGCCCCAGGGACGCACCGCUGUCACCUCUCCACCGCCACUGCCUCUGCGGGCCCCGGCCCGCUCCCGGCCUCAGAGACACGCACCUGACGCCCCAACACCACCGCCCCGCCGCCGCCUCACCGGAUUCGGGCCUCGCGGCUGAACCGGGAUCCAACGGGCCAGCCGGCUCCCCAUCCCCAGCUCCCCGCCGCGCUGCCCCCCACCACCUCCAGCCUGGGGAACCCCUCAACCUGGUGAUGCCAAGAGGUGCCCCCUGUCCCCACCAUCCCUCAGAUCCUGACCGGCCACGGAGGCCCGGGGACCCCCCACCACCACAACCGCUCCAGAGCUUGCACCCCACUAAUCCGCAGCAUAGGAGCGGGGGGCAUGAUAUGGGCGGUCCUGCAGGGUGAGCUGGACCCCGUCUCCCCUCCACCCUCAACCUGUUCCUGCCCAUCCCCUUUCUGUUCAGACAUGUCCGGCCAGCCUGGGGAGCGGGUGUCCUCAGCUCUCCCAGGGGGGCGGCGGGGGCCCUUGACCCUGUGGGUGGGAGACGCAGCUUGACCCUCAGGGGCCAGCUCUCUCUGUCAGCCUUGGGGCCAGAGGUGGUGGGAGGGAGCAGGGAGAGUGGCAGAAGCCAAAACGAAGGCAGGAUGGCAAAGUAAGUUGGAGAGGGUGAGAGGAAGAGCCAGAGGCGGGCGGCAGGAACGGGAGGCAGGUGGUGGGUAGCGGGAGCUAGAGACAGAUG